CUUUGCGCUUCCUUUUCCAGCAGCGCCUGUGAUGAUGGCGGACGUGGCUGCGGAGCAGGUAGAGGACCAGAAACCAGUCCCGGACGGGGAGCUGAACGGGGAGGUGGAGGACAGAGAAGAGGCCGACCCCGUGGAGGAGACAGCGAAAAAGAAGAAGAAAAAGAAGAAGAAGAAUAAGUCCGCAACGACAGGAGCUGAGGCGGAGGCUGAUGGAGUGGCCGAAGUGACCAAACAGCUGGAGAAGCAGGCGAUAGAAGAUAAAGAGAAAGAGGAGGAUGGCGAGGAAGAUGGAGAUGAUGGAGAAAACUCGGCAGGGAAAAAGAAGAAGAAGAAAAAGAAGAAGAAAGGACCCAAAUCUCAGACUGAUCCCCCGUCUGUGCCCAUCUGUGAGUUAUACCCAAAUGGAGUAUUCCCCAUCGGACAGGAGUGUGAAUACCCCACCUUACAGGAUGGUCGCAGUGCAGUGUGGCGUACGACCAGCGACGAGAAGCGGGUUCUGGAUAAAGCCAACGAGGAGGUGUGGAACGACUUCAGACAGGCAGCCGAGGCCCACAGACAGGUCCGACAGCACGUCCGCAGCUUCAUGAAACCCGGCAUGACCAUGAUUGAAAUCUGUGAGCGAUUGGAGGACUGUUCUCGUAAGCUGAUAAAAGAGAACAGGCUGAACGCCGGCCUUGCCUUCCCGACCGGCUGCUCCCUGAACCAUUGUGCUGCCCACUACACUCCCAACGCCGGAGACACCACCGUCCUGCAGUACGACGACGUCUGCAAGAUCGACUUCGGCACGCACAUCAACGGGCGGAUCAUUGACUGUGCCUUCACUGUCACAUUUAAUCCAAAGUAUGACAAGCUGCUGGAGGCUGUGAGAGACGCCACCAAUACAGGAAUCAAAAACGCCGGCAUUGAUGUGCGCCUGUGUGACGUUGGAGAGGCGAUUCAAGAGGUGAUGGAGUCCUACGAGGUCGAGCUUGAUGGGAAAACUUACCAAGUGAAGCCAAUCCGAAACCUGAACGGUCAUUCAAUCGGCCAGUACAGGAUUCAUGCUGGCAAGACUGUGCCCAUCGUUAAAGGAGGAGAAGCAACGAAAAUGGAGGAGGGAGAGGUUUAUGCCAUCGAGACAUUCGGCAGCACAGGUAAAGGUGUGGUCCACGAUGACAUGGAGUGCUCUCACUAUAUGAAAAACUUUGACGUCGGCCACGUCCCCAUCAGGCUGCCCAGAGCAAAGCACCUGCUGAACGUUGUCAACGAGAACUUCGGCACGUUGGCGUUCUGCCGCCGCUGGCUGGACCGUCUGGGCGAGAGCAAGUACCUGAUGGCCCUGAAGAACCUGUGCGACCUGGGCAUCGUGGACCCCUACCCUCCCCUCUGCGACACCAAGGGCUGCUACACCGCUCAGUUCGAGCACACCAUCCUGCUCAGGCCCACCUGCAAGGAGGUGGUGAGCCGGGGAGACGACUACUGACCCCCAGUCCACCACCACACAGCACCUCCAGCCCCAGUUAGCAACUCCUCCUUCAGAGAAAUAAGAACGAAACAGAAAAGAGCUUCUAAAACAGGACAUAUUUGUCUCAGAGCAGCUUUGAGGAAUGCCAAAUGCUACUGUAUUCUACCCACAAUGCACCACUCACAGCUUGCAAGGAGGAGGACUGGCUUUCUGAGUUUUCUAUCAACCACAGCUAAAGAAAUUUGUAAACAAGCAAACACGUAUCUGUUGGAGGAAGCAUUCUAGUUUCCUUCAAUGUCCUGUGGACCUCCUUUUACAAAACCAUUAAAAAGUUAACUGUCAAACAGUUAAACAUUUAUUUAAGCUGCCGCGGGAAACCUCCUUAUACCUCCCCUUUCAUUUUCAAAGUUUCUAUGGCUCCACUCUGAGCCUCCAGUGCUUUAGUGCUCGAGUUAAAUUAAGCACAAACGCUACUGAUGGGUUUAAGAAGUGGUUAGGCCGAUGCAUGGCCAGAAAUAUCUGCAAACAGACAAUUCCUAACAUUUAAAGCUCGGGGUGUCGUAGUAAUAAACGCCAUCUUACUACAGACGCCGUGCAUCUGCAGCUGUAUGUUUGGCUUCUGUUGCUGCCGGAGGGAACUCUGGCCCUCUAGUCAUCGUUUCUUUGAUAUUUGUAAAAUAUCUUUGAAAUGGUUGCUGCCACUGUAUGUUCCCAAUUACAAUGCUUCAUUUUGAACUCCCUGAAAAUGUUUUUGUAAGAAAAAAAGAUUAUUAAAAUGAUUUUGCUCAUUGUG